UAAAUUGGACGUCUCCCCGAGUAAGGUUUCACUCAGCUUGGAUAAGGUUAGCAGAAUCUGACUGUGUGCUUUUCAAAGAGCACAUAUAGCGAUAUGCAACGGAAAAACUGUAGUCUUCAGGGGAUGGUAUUUUAUGUCUAAGGGCUUCUGAACGCAUAAAAUCAGGGAGAAUGCGCCUGUGUAAUCCGAUCUGUUCUUGAAAGCCUUGCGGAGGGCUGCAUGCUGCAGACAUAAGCUGUGUCAAUAAGAACUCUAUUCACUCUCUGAAAACAGCCUCGUGAUCCAGGUUUGAUUGGCAGCCUUCCUAAGGGAGGGCCUUUUUGAGCAAGAGCUUGGAUUUUGGCGGCACUUCUGACUGACUCGACUGCCUUUUCUACCUCCCAUUUAUUGUUCUUUCUUGUUCUUUCCUCGGCGCGAUAAACUUGGAUUUCAGAUCUGGAGGCUUCUUAGGGGAGCAGUGGGAAUUUCAUGCGAGGAUAACAUGAGUGCAAAGAAGGUUUCCUUUCUCACAAUGCAGCUCCUCAGCCAAAGCAGCUUGUAGGAAAGAGAAGGUGACAGAUUUAGAAGAAUAUGAGGUUGCUGAAAAGUGCCUUUCCUGAAGCCACUGCUGCUUGGAUUUCUGUCUAAGGCUGUCUCUCCCUCCCCCCCUUUUUUUUUAAAUUUGGCGUUGCUUGCAGUUCAUACCCUAACGGCAACUCAUCCAUCCCUUCCCCCCCCUUUUUUUCUUUUUACACUGUUCACUCAGCCAUUUUUUUCCUUCCCGAGUAUGUAGCAAAUAUUUUUGAGUGAUAACAUCCUUUCGCUCCUUUUAAUGCUCGCGAAUUGUCAUUUUUAGAACCCAGAAAUAAAAGGAAAAAAAAAAGUUUUCUGCCCAAGGAAGCAAAACAGACCAUUCCGCAAACAGAAGCGCUGCCAGCCGCAUAUGCUUUUUGCAAGAAUAAUUGAAACCAUUAAGUGGAGAGCACAGAAUUCUUUUGAAAGUCUGCCAGUUAUUUUCAAGUAAUUUUGGCAGUGGCACAAAAUAUAACACUUAUAUUUUAACUUCUACAAUUGCACUUUUAGGAGCUGGCCUCUCAUUUGAUUUUCAGUUAUUCUGAUAAGAUUUCUAUUUUAUGAUUGGCUUUAUGUUUAAUUCUUGUUGAAACAAACACAAUUUGACUUAAAUGAAAACCUAAGUGCUGACGAAUAGAAAUUUUACCAAAGCAACAAGUUAGUUAUUUCUUCACAUUUAACUUGAAUUCACUUUUUUACCCUUUUUAAAAAAAUCAGCAGUAAUAUUGUCCUAAAGAAGGGUGUGAUUGCUUGCGUUUUAAUUUUUGUUUUUAAUAUGGCUGUAAACGUUUCCCUGGUUCGUGAUACAAAAUGGCUGACUUUAGAAGUAUGUCGAGAAUUUCAGAGAGGUACCUGUUCUCGAUCUGAUGCAGAGUGCAAGUUUGCCCAUCCGUCACGGAGUUGCCAUGUGGAAAAUGGUCGAGUUAUUGCCUGCUUUGACUCUCUAAAGGGCCGGUGUACUCGAGAGAACUGCAAAUAUCUUCACCCUCCCCCGCACUUAAAAACACAGCUCGAAAUAAAUGGACGCAACAAUCUGAUCCAGCAAAAGACAGCAGCAGCCAUGUUUGCACAACAGAUGCAGUUCAUGCUACCGGGCGCUCAACUACAGCCAAUUACUACGUUUCCUGUGACUCCAUCACUUGCAACUAGUCCCACCAUGGCUUUUAGUCCCUACCUAAGUCAUGUUUCUCCUGGGAUGGGCUUGGUUCCUGCAGAACUUUUACCAAAUACACCUGUCUUGGUUUCUGGGAAUCCUACUGUUACAGUACCGGGAGGCUCUGUUGCUCAGAAACUAAUGCGUACGGAUAAAUUGGAGGUUUGCCGAGAGUUUCAGCGUGGAAAUUGCACACGUGGUGAGAACGAUUGCCGUUAUGCUCACCCCAUAGAUAUUGCAAUGAUAGACACAAAUGAAAACACUGUUACAGUUUGCAUGGAUUACAUCAAAGGCCGAUGCUCUAGGGAGAAAUGCAAGUACUUUCAUCCCCCUGCACACCUGCAAGCCAAAAUCAAGGCAGCUCAACACCAGGUGAACCAGACAGCUGCAACUGCAAUGGCCCUGCCGCCUGGUGCACUUCAACCUUUACCAAAGAGGCCAGCACUUGAAAAAAACAAUGGUGCCACCACAGUCUUUAACCCAAGCGUUUUCCACUACCAACAGGCUCUAGCUAACAUGCAGUUGCAACAGCCUACAUUUAUCCCUACAGUGCCCAUGAUGCACGGUGCUACGCCCACCACUGUGUCUGCAGCAACAACACCUGCCACCAGCGUCCCCUUCGCUGCAACAGCUACAGCCAAUCAGAUAUCCCAGUUAUCAGUAGAUGAACUGAGUAGCAGCAUGUUUGUUUCACAGAUGUAGAAGUUACCAAUAGAACACAAACUAUGUUGAAAUUCUGAAGAGUAAAAUUAUGGAGUUCCAGGACUUCUCGGUGGGAAGCUGCACAUGGCCUUUCUGUAUAUAUUCCCUCCUCCCUCAUUUCUUCCUCGACCACCUCUACAGUAAGCCUGUUGCAGCCUACAUGUUAACCAAAAACUGAUCAAUGGGAAUGUCAAAAAAAAAAAAAAAAAAAGCACUAUAGAAACAAUUAACAAACAGCGCUCUGUUAUAUGAGAUAUACAAGUAGACAAUUAUAAUAGACUUUUAUAACACAUUACUUUAACACACUUAAUCGUUUUAUGACUACCAUCAUAAGUGCAUCUGCACAGUGGACUGUUGGUUUACUGUAUACUAUCGAUGGAUAAAUGUUUGUCUUGUUUUUAAAGUGUUAUCUUACUGUUUUGUUUACAUCAUAGUCUAUUGAUUUAAAGUGUACAUCAUUAUCAAGUAUACUCAAUACCAUUUUUUUCAUUAUUGUUAUGUCUUAAGUUUUCAUAUACUGUAGUUUUCUGGGUUGGGGGGUAUUUUUGUUUUGGGGUUUUGUUUUUGGGGGUUUUUUUUUUUUUUUUUACUAAAAAUGUUACAGUGGGAAACAGGAAUUAUGUGCUUGAAAAACACGACAUAAGAAUGUUCUGUCCUUUUCUAUAGUUUGGUUGUUUUCAUCAGCUUACAUUGCUUGUUUUAAAUGGCUCCUUUUAAGAUCUAGAAUUUGCCUUCAAGUAGAGUCUCAGAUUCUGUCUUACAAAUGUUAUGAAGGGACAGCAGUCAUGUUAGCCCAGUUCAGGGGUUUUACAAAGUGAGUUGAGUCUUGCUUCCUGAAAAGGGAAACUUUGCUAUGUAAUAAACAAAAAACAUACACUCAGUAAAAAGUUAGAUAUCGGCUGAAGAGGGAGAUUCAUUUAGAAAGCAUCAGAACACAAGGAAUUUCUCCAGUUUUGCUGUCCAUUACAGUGCCAUCCUUAGCUCCAAAUGGCACACAGUUUUUCUUGCUAUUUAAUUGGUACCGUUAAAAAUCCCUCCCACAAAACACAUGAGUAAGCGAUGAGACAGAUUCAGAGGGGUAAAGGAAUCCUCCCCCACCCCUAGGAAUGGGUAAUUUUGAUUAAAAAUUACAAAAAUAACCCCCCCCACUCUGCCCAGGGAAGAUGUUGCGACCCCAUUUGCCCUUGUCUCCACUAAGUACGCUGCAGAAUUCAUUGGGAAAUUUGGUGGGGGCAUUCCCUGACAUUUCAUCAGCCUACCCCAGUAAUUUACUUCACCUUUAAGUCAGAGACAUUUCCCAAGAGCUUUGGCUCUUUAAAACAAAUAAACAAAGACAAACGACCCUUGAGUUUACCAGGCCUAGAUGGUUUUCAGAACUUUAACUCCUUGGAUCAGUGGACGCAUGUUGGUAUCUUUUGUUUGAUCAGGAGCGACAUUAGGGUUGCCAGUACCCCAGUCCUUCAUAUAAUGGAGUAAACUGAAGGAUGACCAACCCCCCAAGCCCUGCACAGCACACAGUGCUAUUCUGGCUUGGCUAAAGUGGAGAUACCAUUGCUAUGUUCGCCCCCAGCAUAAGUUCACUGACAUCAGUGGAGUUAUGCCAGAAAUUUAUUUGGCCUAUAAGUCUCUGAAUAACUGAAGGGUGUCAAUAGCAAGUAAUUGUUCAAGGACAUGCAAGCUGAUGUUAGGAGACUUUGGACAAAAUAUCAGGAGAAAACACUGGAAAGCGAGAUCGGUUAGAGCGUGGAAUAGCCUCCCAAGUGAUGUAGUUUGGCACUGUAAACAGAGAUCAAUGUGGGUUGAGAAUGUGUCCCCUAUACAUAGCCCUGCACUGGCAGAGGGGGUGCUCCAAACAACCUGGCCGACCUUUUCCAUCUGAGUGGCUAGUUUUUCCUGCAUUGGCUGGAGAUCUGCUGCUGAAGCAGCACCAGAAUAUCCCUAUCCCUCUGCUGUACAAGGCACGAACCCAGUUCCCGAGGGGCUAACCCCUGUAUGUCCAAAGGCCGAGCUGCUUAUAAACACAAUGGAGUCUGGUGAUUUCUGAGGAAAGCAGAGGGGCAGUGAUAUUAUGACUGUAACAAUGGCAUGUUCAAGGUAAAAUUAAUAGGUUCACUUUUUAACUUCUAAUGUUAGAGGCCAGAGCGCGUCCCCACCCCCAACCCCCCCGAGGGAAGGCGCAAUGUCCUCAUUUUGUGCCAGGAAAAUGUGGGCAGUCUGGGCCACUUGUUCUGUUGUGGUUUAUAGGCCUGGGCCUCUGAUGUGCAGAGCGCCUCCUGGAAGGGCAUUGAGCACUCAGUGCCUAGUGAUGUUGGUGGAGUUGAGGAUCAGGCCCUUACAACCCCGAGUACGAGUGCCGCCCUGAACUCCCAUUGACUGAGUGGUCGUCUUGUCUGAUUUCUGACAAACAUAUUCUUAUCUCCAUUUUGAUUCCUCACAUUGUGUAGUAAAUGUCCUUGUCCCGUCACCUGGCGCUUUCACCUGAGCACUUACAGAUGUUUGCUAACAUUACCAGUAACAGGUGCAAGUUAUGGGUGUCUGCUAGACACAGCUGGGACGUCACUUUAUGAUCUAGCUUUGGUUCCUUCAGAAACAAGAACCCAUUUAGAGUCCAUAGUCAGUCCACAUAGGGCCUGAACCGAGGGCAAUCUUCCUGUUGACUUCAGUGGGCUUUGGAUCAGGCACUAAGGAACAAAAUAUGGUAAUCUGUUAGCCUCAUGUAUUAACCUUUACUUGUGUCCUUACACAUUCCCCAGCUGUCAGCAUUCAAAACAUACGGUGUUGCCUGAAACUAGCAACGCUAAAAUAUAUUGGCUAUGAUAUACCUGUUCUUUUAACCACUGAGUUUCUGUUUCCCAAACUCAUAACAUUGUUAGUGGAAAAAGUGGAUUUGAGUACUUCCUGUCUGAAAUUAUUUGUGUAUCAAAAUGGGUUUUGCACAACCUGUGCCAGUGCCUCAACAAAGAACAGACCUGAUCUUCGUAAGCCAGAAAGGAUGUGUUCAAGCUUGUAUGGCUUUAUGAGUUAAAGGAGGUUGGAACGUUUUCAGUGCUAAAUGGAUUUUUGUAUAUCUUGACACUUUGAUGUAACCUCCUGUUUUAUUUAACUACUUAAACAUCUGGCAUAGAUGUGCAUAGAAUGUAAACCUAGAAUACAGCUGUUUUCAUGUCACAUUUAAAGCACUGAAAAAAAAAAUUAAGGGUUAUUUUUUAGUAAAGAGAUCCAAUGAGGGAUGUUCAGGGUAGAUAUAUUAGGUGCCACAACAGGUUUUAUAUUGCUGGCAGAUUUAGAGUUCACUUUUAAGUGAGUUUAAGGAAAGAAAAGCUUGAAGCACUAAAACUUCACCAAAUUCAAAACAAUCUCGGCAAAAAUGCCAUUUUGAGGUAGCACUAUUUAAACUAGUUGUGCAAUGAUUUGCUCUAAUUUUCUUUGUUCAAAAAAGAAAACCAGUCGCCAGACUAUAAAUUUCCUAAAUAGAUGCAUUCUAUUACAAAGUCACCACACUAGUUCGUGACUCUAAACAAAUGUCAUAAAAGCAUGGAUUUCAUCCUUUAUUUGACAAGAGAUGUAUGUAAGUUUGUUUAAAUCAAUAUAAUUUUAGUGACAUUUUUAUAAGCUUCCCAGUUUCCAUGAACCUAUAUUUUUUAUUUAUCCAAAGUUAUUUCUCUUUGUCCAUUUCUCUCAGCCUUAUGCAAACAAUAUGCAAGAAAUGCUGAAACUUGGAUAAAACGGGUCAUGCAGAGGGAAAAUGAAAGCUGAGAAUGAUCAUUUUCAUAAAAAGGUUGUUAGUAGUUUCAAUAAAAAUACUGCUACUAAACUGUAACAUAAGCAGACAAUAAGAGGGAUUUAAAAUAAAGUAGAUUCAUAAAACUAUUAAAAUUAUUUUUGUUAACUUCAGUGUUUUUAGUGAUUGGAAUCUGAUUUUGCAAUCAACCAUGUUUUUUAUUUUGAAAUUUCUAGUGGAUGAUUUUUGUCUUUGUAUUUUUGCAUCACCAUGUUAGAGAAAUCGUUACCUCUCUGGCCACAUCCGCUCCGUUCCAUUCCUGAGCACUCUGAAGCACUUUUCUCUCUGCCAUAAGUGUUGUCUCGUACUGCACUCAGAGUGUUCACAAAUGCACGGUGCUGGCUGGCUGCACUCUGCAAAACAAAACCUUUGCGCUCCCUGGGUGGCUUAUGGAACACUCUCCGUUCCUGUGAGGUGUUCUCUCAACAUACAGUCAGCUACGAAACACAAGUUAGAGUCCAAUAAAAAUGACUUUGUUAUACUCUAGCUGCACAAACAAUAAACACAGCUACUUAUAUGAAUAUGUGACUGUUGUAGAUACAUCUGGCCAGAUAAGGAGAUGCGUGUAUCUGAUCAAAUGUAUUCAUAAACUUACAUAUUCCUUCAUAAUGCAGUAGUAUAGGCUAUAGAACGUGCUAGUACACAGAAUGAUUGAGAAACUGGAGUCCUCAUUUUUUAUCCCUUGUACAUUUCACAUACAUGAAAAUUGAAAAAGGUGAAAUUUAUGAGGAAAAUCUAAUUUCCCAUUCCUGUUGAAUGGAUUUAGUGUGAUAUUGACCUGAUUUUACCAUGUGCCUGUUGAAGGCCUUAGAAUAUAUACUGUAUGUUAAUGACUGUAAUAACUUUAAAAAAAAUUAGUUGAUAGCCUAAUCAAAAUGUAAAUAUAACUACAACACAUUGUUACUAGGCAUCAACACAUUAAUUCAUGUCACAUUUUCAUUUCUUUACUGUUAGUUUUUAAGGUUUUCAUUAUUGCUUUUUGAUAUCUUUAGUAACGAAUGAAUUUAAUUUUGAAGGAGAAUUAGAGGAAGUUUAAGAUUUUUAAUACAUGUAUUCAACCCAUUUAGUUAUAUUCUAAACCAAUACUGAAGCAUGAUAAGGUAUAGAAUAUAGUCCAUAACUAGUUUGUAUAGUUUACAGUUUAAGAACAAAAUUAACUUUGUAUGUAACUCCUACAAUGAUAGAUUCAUUGUUAACUAAUUAUAUUAAGUUGUUGUUGCUAUGGCAACAAAACUACAACAUGGCUACCUUUGUAUACAUUAUUUGUGAUAUUUUCACAUGUAAAUUAAAAGUGAUGUGUAACAGUAUGAGCUUGUUAAAGGUACAGUUCGAUACUGUCAGAUAAAGAUAUGAUUGAAUAUUUUUAAAAUCCCAAAGUCCCAUGUGAAAGCUGAAUUUGUGUCUUUAGGUCACAUUUUCAGUCAAGAAGUUUACAACACAUGGAUUUAGAGUCAGGUUUUAUAGCUUGUAGAAAUCGUUGUGUGGCUAGGGUUAUUCCACAGUAUUUUAGGUUUUAAAACGUAGCACCCGGUAUUUACAAUACAGUAAUUGGUCUUCAUUUCAUUUCAUGUUGACAUCAUUGUGUGAAUUCAUCAUUAUCCAGUUUCAGUACUGUAGUCUUGCUGCAGUGAUUAUUUUUCCUGAAAUUGAAUACUCACAUGAUUAUGUUAAAAUCAGGGCUAAAUAAUUAAAUAUGAAUAUUUUAAUACUAAUUUAUAUUAGCAAAACCUGUACAUAAGAAAAAUAUUGUGGAAUGACCCUGUAACAGUGUUGAAGAUACAAAUAUGCUGCAGUUAAACUGAUUCAGUUAGUGUACGAAUGUGUGAGACACACCUUUUUUGCACUUAUGUACAUAGUCCACGAAAGAAAUCCUUGGAACUUAUUUUGAAUAUAAAAAGUCUGUAAUAAUACAGGAAAAGUUUGUAAAAGAGAUAGGUAUUACUAAGGCUUUGAAAAGGAGGAGUUUUUUGCUAUAAAACUUAUCUGAAAGCAUGAUGUUGCUUUGCUGUUGUAAAAGCUUUGUAGUUUGCCAUAGCUUACUAUACAGCAGACUGAUAACAGGUCAGCUUCAACCUGCAGCACAGAAAAUGGGAAACAAUACUUAAUUAAUUAGUAAGGUCAUUAGCAAAGAUUUUAAUUGCUUUUAUAGCAGCCCUACAUUUUAAAACACAUUCUAGAUCAUGGUUUUUAUAAGAAGUUAUGCUCACUAUGAAUCAUGUUAGGACCUGAAUGUCACAUGCAUUUCUGCUAGCCCCUAAUCUUCUAUCUAGCCAAUACUGUUUUUAUCUAUGAUAGAUACGUAUCAUUCCAACAAGUGUUGUAAAUGUCAAUGGGAAACUGAACUAUAGCCAUUCAUCGUGGAUUUUAUCCGCAUGGAAUAUGAAAGCUGGGAGAGACGUUUAAAGAGCUAACCAAGUUUUAAAGUGAGCAAUAAGCAAGUGGUGGAACUUGGGUUGUUUACGAUUGUCUUAGGAUACUCGUCAUCUGCUGCUAAACUGCCUUGGCGUUUUGUUAGCGCAAGAGCCGUUGAUCCAUGGCAAUAUUCGGUCAUGCCAACUGGAUUUCUCCGUGGUGGAGGUUCCAUUGUGGCCUGGUGGGCUGUGAGGUUGGAAUUUGAAUGCUGAUCACCGCAGUGGUGUUAGCCUGUUUCAUGGGUUAAAGUAGAAGAGGGAGCAGGGAACUCAGCUUCCCCUCUGCUCCUUUGCCUGGGGGAGCGCUGCUCCUUCCGCAGUGCCCUCUCCUCCUUGAAUGAGCAAAUUCCCCAUCCCCGGACAGGCUUCACCCCCCUCCAGGGAUGGGGAGAGAAUGGGACACGCUCUACCUGCAUCUUCUGACUUUCCCUUCUGCAAGGAAAGGUGGAUAAAUAACACCCAGAUCUGACGUUAAAAAAAUCUCUCUUGUAGCAUCUUCAAAUGGCCUCAAAUUCUGUCAGCUGCAUCCAGCCGUUCUGAGGAGGAAUCCACCCAAACCCGCCAUGCACUUUGCUUUUGCAUUCGUGCACAUUCUCCAUCCUGGUGGAGCAUAAAUGAUGGACUGUCUAGAAGUGAGGAAGGGGAAUCCCAGGGAUGUGCCUGGUUCUGUGCACUGCAGGUGCACCCAUCAUUUAGCUUGCCUCACUCCAGGCCUGCUGGGGGAAAUGAGUUCAUCUUCUCCCCUGCUCUUCCUCCUGCUGAAUCCUGUCACCAGCAAAUGGGACAGUGACGUGACCAUCAAAACCAGUGUCGACAGCCCCUAGAGUUGGUGAGCUCCCUCUCCUCUUGCGAUCUACUUGAGCCACUGCUUGCAGAACAGCAUCACAGCUAGUCAACAACUCCACACGUAAAACACCAGUGUUCAUGCAGCACUGAUGAGGAUAAAAGGUUGCGGAUGGGUGGAAGGCUGGGUUGGGGGUGUUUUUACUUUCACCGGGUAAGGGACAGAAAUCUGAUUGGCUAGCAGAUAUUUCUAAUAGGGCCCACUCCUGCAUCCCCUAUGCACCAGAAUUCCUGUUUAUUUCCCGGGGAGCGCAGGCUGGGCAAGGAUUUUAGAACAGUGCUCCCAGAAUAACAUAUAAUAACUCACCCGUGUUAGGAACUCUCAUCAGAGCUGUACACCACUCUGCACCUAGAAGUGUAUUUGUACGCCUGGCUGCUUGCCCUUCCGUGCCUUAUUGCAACGGCAUCAUUUGCUGAAAUAAAAUAUUAAAAUACUAAUGAUGAGGGGGAAAGAUUCAUGGGUUAAAAGAUCAUUUCCCCAUAGUAGAUGGCUGGGACCCAAAGGCAGGGGAAAGUCUGGGAUUCUUUUCCUGGUUCUGUUUUGUUCCAUUCUAAAGGUAUUUGAAGAGGCUGCAGGGCCCAGAACUGUGCCUGAGCCUCAAAGACACUAGCUGGUCCAUGACGCUGUCAGCUGACCUUUUCACCUUGAGAGGAACAGAGGAGACAGGGGAAACAUUGAUUUUUAAUUAGACCUGCAUUGUACAAUCACCAAAAGUCAGCUCAAACCAAUAGCAUUGUGGAACAGAAAAUCCUGGAGGUCUGUGAAAGGGCUGGGUUAGACCUUCAAAUUGGAUCAAAUGUCCCAGAUCAGCAUUAUGUAGUAGAAGUGGCUGAUAUUUCCAAUAUUUUCCCCCCAGCCAUCAAUUUUAGCACCUGAGCCUUCAUUCCUUACUGGGAGUUCAAAGAACUGGGUUUUAUAUCCUGACUAAGGAACGUAGGACUGCUGCAGAGUCCUCAAGGCUGUUGGAUGUUCACAGGGCCAGCUUCUGCCAUCAGUUAGGCCCCAGUUUGGCAAGGUACUUAAGGGCAUGCCUAAUUUUUGAAGUAGGUGAGUUGUCCUGGUAUCCUGGUGAAUCAGGGCUUUAGACCCAGGCAAUUCCAUUGACCUCAGUAGGGUAGCAUGAGUGUAACUAACGGUCGAAUUCAUCCUGUCGUCUUCAAAGUGAAAUAAAUGAGGAAAAACAUUUUGGAACUGUUGGCUCUUUCAUGGGCCCCAUAAAAAUCUAGGUUUGGCUUCUGUAAUUAGUUAGUUGGAACCAGUGCAUUAUUGUGUAACAAUGCAUGCCUGGGGGGCAGUGAGAGCUCUCGUUUGUUGUAAGUCAUUUUUAUAAUUAAGCUCAUUCUCCUUUGUAGGAUAAUUAAACAAAAAUACUUCGCACUAUGUGAAAUGAAUCACAGCCAGUAAAACUUUUUUUCACUAGAGUAAGAGAAGAACCUUUAAUCACGACACCACAGCUAAAAUCUUUGCUAGUGACCUUUACAGUCAUAUUCUCGAUCAUCAAAAUAAAAACUGCACAUGCCUCUCGAAUGAGAUAUUUAAACAUGCAAAAAUAACACAACUAUUAAAUAAAACUAAGUUUUUAUCCAAACACACAACAGAGAGAAUUACCUGACACAGAAUUACAAGGUUCCAGUUCUUUAUUACUGUACACAAAUGCUAUUUGAUAGUGGUGGAAGCCAAAUGAUUUUGUUGCCAUGGCUUUUGUAUCCUAGCAGAUGAGGGGAUGACGUGACCAUUUUUAGAUAGGCUUGUGGGAUUUUUUUUUUCAAAUUAGAUUUUAUUAUUAUUAUUUUAAAUCAUUAAAAAACCCAUCCAUUGUUAGUCACUUGACACUAGAUCACCCAUGAAAAAUAAUAGAGAAUUGUAUUUUAGGCAAUCACUAAAAUCAGGAAGAGAGUGUUCUCCUAAAUUUUCAAUUUUUAACUUAAAAAAAAAUAGAACAGUAGAUAUGGAAGUACAUUCUUCUUUUCCUAGACACUUCUGGUAAAACUUAAAGUAAGGGAAUCAUUAGACAGAUGUCAAUUUAAUUUAAUGAAAUAGUUUUAGGUUUUUUAAAAAAAAAAAAAAAACCUCUUAGCCCUAUGGAAUUGUAACAAAUUAAAAUAUCAUCAGCAAAUCCCAACAGAUAAAGGCUAUUGUGAUAUUUCAGUUCCAGAACAUAAUAUAGUUCAUUCCCUCAACUGCUAUCAACAAGGUGUACGCUUUGAAUUUAUUUUUCUUUUUGCCACAUUAUAUUGCUGUAGUGCUUGUAUGUGCUUUAGUAAUGUGCAUAAUGCUACUCAUUUUAGUAUGUUACUUCUAUAUUGUUAUUGUUUAUUUUUUGAUCUUUUAAUAAAGUGUAUAAAAUUCUUGGUUA